UUUUAAGCUAUCCCAGACAAGUACUACAGAACUAUCUGCAAACACCACUUUCAUCUCCUGUACGAAUUUUCAUUUUCAGCGGCUGGCCUGAAAUGCAACACCCUCCGCCCAUAAACCCUAACCCGAAUUCGGACCCGUAUUUCACCCAUGCCUACUCAGGUUAUUCCCCGAAUCCCAACCCUAAUUCUGAUCCCCUGAAACCACCCAUUUACACCGGUGUUGAUACAACUAGUACAUUGGUUCAGCCGUACCCACCUGGGGUUGAUCACCCAUAUGUGCGCACACCUGCGACUCCAACGGUCACAUACUCGCAGCAAGCACACAGCUUUGACCCACAACAGCCUGUGGUCGCUGCUGACUCUGCUGUGCCUUAUUAUCCAGACCUGAAUGCCGCCGCCGUGCAGAAUUGGGUGGCAGCUAUCUGGCAACUUGGGACAAAUCUUGGUGCAACUGGUGUAACGGUACCUUCCAGUGAUACACAAAACUCGGUUCCUGCAAAUACCAGUUCUACCUUUUGGACUAAUCCAGAAGUUCAGUCUCAGAGAAUUAAUUAUUGGAAAAGGACCCAGAAGAAGACGAAGGUUGUACAAUCUGCAUGGUGUGAAGUUUGCAAGAUUGAAUGCAACAGUAAGGAUGUCCUUGAACAACAUAAAUUGGGAAAGAAGCACAAGAAAAAUUUGGAAAAAAUAAACAGGAUAACUAGUACAGUUGUUGCUGCAUCUGCACCGUUAAUUGGACCACAAGAGAAACAGGACAAAGACAAAGCAACUGGAGGGCAAAAAACACAGAAAAGGGCAACACAGCGAACGGAGGAUUUGGAGACAAAACGAAGAAAAGUUUUGGAAGGAGGUGCAGCGGCUGAUGCUGUGCGUGCAUGUGUUUACUGUAAUGUGAUUUGCAACAGUGAGACAGUGUUCAACCAUCACCUUGCUGGUCAAAAACAUGCUGCUAUGGUGAAGAGGCAUGCAGUUUCUGGUGCUACAUGAAACGCGGAUAGUUGGCAAACAUUUUGACUCAAAUGUAUAUUAGUUGUUUUCCUUUUGGUUUUAGAACUCUUCUUCUACUUCUUCUCUCUUUUUUUUUUCCACAUUCUUAGUUGUAGGAGAUCAUAUAAAUAACCUGCCAUUUCACUUCUGUAAUUUAGUACAAUAAUAGAUUUUUGCUAAAAUUAA